UCUGUAUUGCUGCCAUUGAGGCUCAGCAAGGCAGUUAUCCUUUGCAAAAAUGGGGUUAAAUAAUUCCCCAUGUGAGACAGAAAGGUUCUGGAGAGAACACAGUUGGGUUUAAAUUACCUGGCAGAGCAUUCAGUGUUCCAGCCUUUGUCUUCUCUCCUGCAACAUGUUCUGUAGUUUAGCUCCAGGAUAAAAGGACUUUCUUAAUAAUAAAGGAAAUUUAAAAAGCAUUUUUUUGAAAGAGGGGGUGGUAUUUGAAAACUACUAGUCCAGUCUAAUAAGGAAAGAGGAAACAAUUUUUGUGCGUGUGACAUUUUUAUGAUCACUACAAGCACACACAAGUCCUCAGCUGAUGCUCAGCUGAAGUUAAGCAAGAUAUUUUUAAUCAGAGAUCAGGCCAAAUAAGCACUUGUAAAUUCACAUUUCUAUGUUCUUUAUUCUAGACAUUGUCUCCUGUUAAAUGAGGAGCAUGUUAAAUUUUCCAUGGAAAGAAAGUUGGUUGUUUUUUGUUGUUUUUUUCUCUGUAGAGUUCGAAUCUUGUGUUUAUUUUUAAAUCAUCUCAUAGAGUGUCUAAGUUCAGAUAUUCAGUCAAAUGUUAGUGAUUUAGAGGUGUUGUAGCUAGUGUUUACAAACAUAUUGUGUAGUUUCUGAAUUUUGCACAAACAUAAUCUGUUUGGAGAUGUGAAAGGAUUUUUUUAAUGUGAUAAGUGAAAUAAUAGGAUUCUACCUAUAUUCAUUUUUAUACACACACACACACACACACACACACACAUGUACGUAUUUGAGAUCAGCAGCCAUGAGGAGUUGUUGAUACCUGCCUGCAUUUCUGAAAAAUUGUCCUUUGCUCUUCUAAAGCGAGGCUUUUCUGAAACUACAAAGGUAAGUUUUCUCUUCAGGAAACUCAGAAGUCUCUUACUACAGAUCAUGGCUGUAGAUCACCCCACACCAGCUCCUACCUGGAUCUGUUGGCACACAGGAUCUCCAACACUGCAUGUUGAAAAGAUGCUUAUCACAAAAAGUAGAACAGAAGGUUUUGACCCUUUAACAUGACUCACUCAGUUAUGACUACAGUGCAGAAAGAUAACAGCAGUUGCAAGAGCGAUUUGCAUUCUAUACAAAUAUGCUGAUCCUGGAGAUAUAACCAGAUGGAUGCUUUUCCAAGGCACAGGCAUCUGGAAGGCGUAUCCCUGUUGAGUAUCUCUCAUUCUAUCUCUAUUCAGAAAUUAUCAUUCAAGGAUAUCAUUAAUUUUUCAAUCAUAUUUUGAUUUUAGUGAGAUUUUGACGUGUGUUUUUACAUGACUACAUGCCUAUCUGCAUUAGGACCAGUGUGCUCUUGCCAUCCCCAGAGAAUUCUUGUGCCUUGAUGAGCUAAAGGCUUUUCUAAACUUUUCUGAUGUAGCAUGUGUCAGAUUAAAGCUGAUCUAUGCAUGAGUGAGCACAGAUGCAAGGAACUUCUCCUCCCUUCCUGUGCGCCCUGAGGGAAGGCCUUGCACAAUAAUAAAUCCCUGCAAUUAGCUACCUAGAAAGUAGAGAAAGACCUGGGCUACCUCUGUUUUAUGAUCCCAGAAAAGCUUCCACCAGCAGUAGCAAAAUCAGUGUUAAGAAGAGUUCAGUAGAAUGAGAGGAAAAGGGAAAAUGACAAUGGAGAGAAGCCUUGGUGUGUGUUCUUCUCACGCUGAGCCCCCUGGGGCUCCAUGGGACGAGCUUAGGCUGAAGGCUGAGCUCAGCCCCGCUCAUUGUGCCCAGCCUGCCUGAAGAUCCCUUUCCUAAACCUCUCUGCAGGCUUACAGGGAUAAUGAGUGAGAGCAGGAGGCUAAAGCAGAUGGUAACAGAGCCUUUUCUCUCCUCAGCUCACCCGUGGUGCUACUCUGUAGUGGGAAAGAAAUGAAAAGCUGGAAGUUGCCUAGGGGGGAGAGCUGGACUGGUUUUUGCUGAGUUGCAGCUCACUUCAUUUGAAACUAUUGUCAAAUGCUGUUUUUUCCAGUCCUUCCCACACAAAAUAACAUCAUUUUUAUGAAAGAUUUUUAUGUAAUUUGCUUAAAAAGCAUGGGAGAAAAUUUUCCUCUGGUUCCCUGCAGAAUCUUCUGCAUUCUUGCUUUUCUGCUGAGGCCUUGUAACAUUGGUAUCAAUGCACUGUUGAUAGUACUGGUAAUGAUCUGCUGGCAUUUUAUCACUGUGGAUGUAGUGAAUGUAAUAUUUAACUCUUCAUCUGAGGGUGAGAUUGCAGGCCCUUUAAACACACCCAUGUUUUCUGUGGUCAAAGCUGGCUCAAGAUGCUGAGUAAAUAACUUAUUAGUGUGUGUCUAAAAAAUUGCACUUUUAUACGUAUUUCAAAUAUUUUCACAUGUAUUUUUAAAGGGUUUUUAUCGAGCAUCCCAAACCACACGGCAGAGUUUUCACUCAAGUGAAACUUUUGAAAAUACAGUUCUGAUAAAUGAAAAAGUUUCUUCUGGCACAGUGAGCUUUGCUAUAAGGAAAUGCCAUUCCAAAGUCAGGACAUUAGGAUAAAACCUGGAAGCAAUGUUCUGCCCAAGGCGUGUAACUGCUGUGAGAUCUUUGGCAAACCUCCUCACCUUCUAGGCCUGAUGCCUUUGAAAAUGAUUUCCAUUAUUUUUGACAUCUACAAAUGCAAAUUGUUACAGAAAUUGUAAGGGACAGCACUGGAUUUUGUGUAUGAAGCCAGUGGGCAGUAACUCCUCAGAAGAUUUUUUAAAUGCAGAUCUUGCAAAUACCAUGAGACAGGGUGACUGAACUGAGGAGCAGCUCAGUUUGAGGACUCAGACAAACAUUUCAGCAGGCAACAGGCCAGCCCUUUACUAGUACCACCUUCCUUCCUUCAUGUCAGCUUUUCUGCUAGUGACCUUAGUAGUUUACUUUAAGUCAAUAUUUACUUUAAAUAUUAUGAUUAAGUGACAAUAAUUUACCAAGAUUAAAAUGCAACUCUGAUAAGAAUGGAGCCAAAUACACACUAGAACACUUUCUAUAAGAGAUUCUCUUCAAGGAGCCUGAGCUCUGUUAUGCUGAGAAGAUGUGCUGGGGGUGUUGGACAUGUCACACUCUGUGAUGGUGUUGAAGGUGGAUCUCCUGUAAAAUUCAUUACUUGAAUUGUGCUGCAACAGCUGGACAUUGCUCUCAAAGGUCAGCUUCAUGCUUCAAAGGCCCUUUGAGUACUAAAGAUGAUCACUAACAUCAGAUUGAGGCUUCCCAGAGUAGCUGAAGUUAUUGCCAUGAGGAGCUGGGCUGGCACAGGACUGCUCUGCCACUGACAACAGUCACUGGGAGGGACAUCCUUCCCCUCUUUCCUCCAGACUGCAGCAGCUGCUGCUACCUCAACUCUAAGUAUGCCAGUUCUCUUGACAGCUUUAAAAUCAGCUCGAGUCCUGCAGAUGAAAAGUUCAUAAAGGCAAGCCUUGAAAAUUAAGUUUUCUUUAUGAAACAUCUGGUUAUAAGUUUUGUGUCUCUAACCAGAAAAUCUAGCUGAGCUAACAUACAUCCUGCUCAGGAGUGCAGGUACUGUGGUUGUUAGUAAAUCCUUUGGCUAGAAAAUGUCUGUGACAGUCUCUAAAAUAUUUGUUCCUCCUGCCUAAUCACUCUUUAACGUUUUUUACAAUAGAUGGGGCAAAGAUUUUCAACUUCUGUGUUCUGCACAGAAGCUGUUUUUAUAUUGUAGCUCCUGUGAGGAAGAGGUACCAGUUUUGUGGCCAUUAUUUAUUAUAUCCACGAGGCUGUCUAGCCAGUCCUGUGCGUCUCUUUCAUGCCUUGCUUUAUUCUCCAGGGGAAGCAAUCAACACUUCAUUACCAAGUAUAAAACAAGGUUGAACUUUUCAAUGCUUAAUUAAGAGAGUGUCAGUGUGAGCACUAUAAAUUCCCUUUCUGAGGGAUUUAUAACCAAAAUGUAAAACUAUACUCCUAGCUGAAAAACUCACUUUUCAGAUCUUAUCAUAUAAAUUGUGAUAUUUUAACAAUUCAAGAAGUCUUUAAAAAUUACAAGAAGGAUGUUGAACUGAAAAGAAAAAAUGAUGAAGGAAGAUUUUAUUCUAGUGUCUAACCUUCUUUUUAAACACACAGGCUUUGCUGGGGCAGAUUCUUCAACUCAGAGAACUAAUUUUCCCACACCUCUCCUUGACAUAUAUCUACAGGCUUUCUUUCUACAAAAAAAGACUGGAGGUGUCAGUCCAGUGACAUCUGUGACUAUGAGAUCCAUAAUCCUUACAGGAAAUUAUGUUGUCUGCCUGGAAGCUCUCACUUUUGAGGUUUGGUUGUUGGAUGGCAGAGCUGCUGAUUCUGAUAAUGACUUAAAUCUGUUGGGAUUGUCAGGAAGUCAGAGUACUCUUAUUUCAGGUCUAGUGAAUGUGCUGAGUAACAACUGGUGUUUCUAAGAGUUACUCUUUCAUUGGUUUGGUUUUAAGGAUUGCUUACUCCAUCUGAGAUUUUGCUACAUCAAGCAAUUUUCAGGAUUCAUUGUUAUCAUCCCCACUGCAGCUACGACUCUCUCCAACACACGUAUUUUCUCUGGCUAUAUAAUGACUCCUCGGCUUUAAGAGCAUUUCAUCAGGACACUGAAGACCAUAAAAGUUUGAUUAAGAAGAAAAAAUGCCCAGAAAGAGCAUAGACUAUGGAGUGCUGCCUGAGUAUGAGAAGAGCCAGAUUAAAAGGACCUUGGAAUUGGGAACUGUUAUGACAAUAUUCAGUCUUAAGAAGGGUAGCCCAGAAAGGAGGACUAUUCAAGUCAUAAUGGAAACCAGGCAGGUAGCAUGGAGCAAGACAGCUGACAAGAUUGAAGGUUUCUUGGAUCUGAUGGAAAUAAAAGAAAUUCGCCCAGGAAAGAAUUCAAAGGACUUUGAACGUUGCAAAGCAAGGCACAGAGAAGAACACUGCUUUACUGUUUUUUAUGGUACCCAGUUUGUCCUCAACACCUUAAGUUUAGCAGCUGACUCUAAAGAUGAUACUGAUAAAUGGUUGUGUGGCUUGAAUAUCUUGUAUCAAGAGGUCAUGAGUGCUCCCACACCUGCUAUCACAGAGAGCUGGCUGAGAAAGCAGAUCUAUUCUGUUGAUCAAACUAGAAAAAAUAGUAUCAGUCUUAGAGAGCUGAAAACUGUCCUUCCCCAAGUAAACUUCAAAGUGAGCAGCAUGAAGUACUUGAAGGACAAAUUUGCGGAAAUAGGCGCUCACAAGGAAGAGCUUACUUUUGAACAAUUUCAUUUGUUCUACAAGAAAAUCAUGUUUGAACAACAGAAAUUGAUUCUUGAUGAAUUCAAAAAGGAUUCCUCUGUUUUCAUUCUUGGAAAUACUGACCGUCCAGAUGCUUCAGCAGUUCACCUCCAUGACUUCCAGAGAUUCCUGCUACACGAGCAGCAGGAAUCUUGGGCACAGGAUCUCAGUAAAGUCCGAGAACGAAUGACAAAGUUUAUUGACGACACUAUGAGAGAAACUGCUGAACCUUUCCUCUUUGUUGAUGAGUUCCUUGCUUACCUAUUUGCAAAAGAAAACAGUAUUUGGGAUGAGAAAUAUGAUUCAAUAGAUGUGCAGAACAUGAAUAAUCCGUUGUCCCACUACUGGAUUUCUUCCUCUCAUAACACAUACCUGACAGGAGACCAGCUUCGCAGUGAAUCCUCCACAGAAGCUUACAUCAGGUGCCUCAGGAUGGGAUGUCGAUGUAUUGAGUUGGAUUGCUGGGAUGGUCCUGAUGGGAAACCGAUCAUUUACCAUGGGUGGACACGGACAACAAAGAUCAAAUUCGAUGAUGUAGUUCAGGCAAUCAAAGACCAUGCCUUUGUUACAUCUGAAUACCCAGUCAUUCUGUCAAUUGAAGAGCACUGCAGUGUGGAGCAGCAGCGACACAUGGCCAGAGUGUUCAAGGAGGUGUUUGGGGAUCAGCUUUUGAUGAAGCCUGUUGAAGCCAGUGCAGAUCAGCUCCCAUCACCAACCCAGCUGAAAGAAAAAAUCAUCAUCAAGCACAAAAAACUGGGGCCAAAGGGAGACAUUGAUGUGAACUUGGAAGAAAAGAAAGAAGAAAAGAAGCAACAAGGAGAGCUUUAUAUGUGGGACACAAUAGAACAGAAAUGGACUCGGCACUACUGUGCUAUUGCUGAUGAAAAACUUUCAUUCAGUGAUGAUAUAGAGCAAAGUGCUGAUGAAGAUUCAUCAAAGGAGGUGAAACGGACUGAACUGCACUUGAAAGAGAAAUGGUUCCAUGGGAAAAUGAAAGGGGGGAGAACAACUGCUGAGAAACUGCUCCAGGAAUAUUGUGCUGAAAUGGGUGGCAAGGAUGGGACAUUCCUGGUCAGGGAAAGUGAAGCUUUCCCUGACGAUUACACCUUGUCAUUUUGGAGGUCAGGCAGAGUCCAGCACUGCCGGAUCCGUUCCACCAGUGAUGGGGACACUGUGAAAUAUUACCUGACAGACAACCUCACCUUUGACAGCAUCUAUGAUCUCAUCCAACACUACAAGGAGGCCCACCUGCGAUGUGCUGAGUUUGAGCUGCGCCUCACCGACGCUGUGCCCAACCCCAGCCCUCACGAGACCAAAGACUGGUACUAUAACAACUUGAGUCGGGGUGAGGCAGAAGACAUGCUCAUGCGAAUUCCUCGGGAUGGAGCCUUUCUCAUUAGAAAGAGAGAUGAGCCUGAUUCUUUUGCCAUGACUUUCAGAGCGGAGGGGAAGGUGAAGCACUUCCGAAUCCAGCAGGAGGGGCGGCACUUUGUGCUGGGAACCUCAGCCUAUUUUGAGAGCUUGGUGGAGCUGGUGACCUACUACGAGAAGCACCCGCUGUACAGGAAGAUGAAACUGCGCUACCCUGUGACAGAGGAGCUGCUGGAGCGCUACAGCACGGAAAAAGAUAUUAAUUCCCUCUAUGAAGUCAAGAUGUAUGUGGAGCCCAGUGAAAUCACCCCCACAGUGCCUCAGAGAACAGUGAAAGCCUUGUAUGACUACAGAGCCAAAAGGAGUGAUGAACUGAGCUUCUCUCGAGGAGCUUUAAUUCAUAAUGUCACAAAGGAAACUGGAGGCUGGUGGAAGGGGGAUUAUGGAGAAAAAGUCCAACAUUAUUUUCCAUCUAAUUAUGUUGAAGAUCUGUCAUCUGAUAACUCUGCUGAGCUUGAAAAUCAGAUCAUUGAGGACAACCCACUGGGCUCUCUGUGUCGUGGCAUCCUGGUGCUCAAUACAUACAACGUUGUGAAAAUGCCACAAGGAAAACACAAAAAGCCUUUUGUCUUCAUUCUGGAACCUAAGAAUCCAGAAGAUCCAUGUGUUGAGUUUGCAACUGAUAAAGUAGAAGAACUCUUUGAAUGGUACCAAAGUAUCCGUGAGAUCACUUGGAAAACAGCAGAAGAGGAGAACAGGAGGAAAUACUGGGAAAAGAAUCAGUUAAUUGCUAUUGAAUUAUCUGAUCUAGUAAUCUACUGCAAGCCAACAAGCAAAACCAAGGACAAUUUAGACAAUCCUGAUUUCAGAGAAAUCCGUUCUUUUGUGGAAACCAAGGCAGAGAGCAUCGUUAAGCAAAAGCCACUGGAGUUGUUGAAGUACAACCUGAAGGGCCUGACCCGUGUCUAUCCCAAAGGACAGAGGGUUGACUCAUCCAACUAUGACCCAUUUCGCCUCUGGUUUUGUGGCUCCCAGAUGGUGGCUCUCAACUUCCAAACUCCAGACAAAUACAUGCAAUUGAACCAUGCCUUGUUUUCCCUGAAUGGACGCACUGGCUACGUGCUGCAGCCAGAGAGCAUGAGAAAUGAAGAGUAUGACCCAAUGCCAAAUGACUCCAAGAGGAAAUUGCAGAUGAUUAUGACAGUGAGGGUUUUAGGUGCUCGUCAUCUCCCUAAACCUGGUAGAAGCAUCGCCUGUCCCUUUGUAGAGGUUGAAAUUUGUGGGGCUGAAUAUGAUAACAACAAAUUCAAGACAACAGUUGUGAAUGACAAUGGCCUUAAUCCAAUUUGGGCACCUUAUGCAGAGCAAGUGAAAUUUGAAAUUUACGACCCUAAUCUGGCAUUCCUGCGCUUUGUUGUUUAUGAGGAGGAUAUGUUCAGUGAUCCCAACUUCUUAGCACAUGCCACUUUUCCCAUCAAAGGAAUCAAAUCAGGUUUUAGGUCAGUUCCUCUCAAGAAUGGCUACAGUGAAGAUAUAGAGCUGGCCUCGCUUCUGGUGCACUGUGAGAUGCAGCAAGUUCUGGAAAGUGAAGAGGAGCUUUAUUCCUCGUGUCGGCAGCUUCGGAAGCGCCAGGAGGAGCUGAAUACCCAGCUGUUCCUCUAUGACACCCACAUGAACCUGAGGAAUCCCAACAGGGAUGCUAUACUGAAAGAAUUCAGUGUCAAUGAGCACAAACUACAGAUUUAUCAAGAGACUUGCAACCGCAGAUUAAAGGAGAAGAAAGUCAGUAACAGCAAAUUCUACUCUUAGAGCCCAUCAUUCUUUGAUGUGUGCUUUAUGGUGCAAUUCAGGAAGACAUGAAUUUACCCUGGUCAUCCUACUCAGUGACGGUCUCAUCAGAUGGAAUGACUGGAAGAAGAGCAGGAAGAGGAAAUAUGGAUUUCCUUUAGAAUUUCUUCUUCAAAGAAAAACUGUUUUAAUACCUAAUAAUUUAUAUUCUGUACAAAGCAAACCCUCUGUUGAAGGCCAGAACUUCUGUGUAUUCAAGAUUUUUAAAACUUGAGUAUGUGUAGAUGGAUGGACCUCACUUCUCAUUAUCAAUACCUGAAGUGCAAAUCAUCUCCUGUGUGUACACAGGCUGUAGAUAAGACAGUCACAACAAUUUGCAUGCAUGGAAUCACACCACUUUAACAACCUGGCUCCUCAAGAUUAACUAGUAGUGCAUUUUUAAUUUAUUAAAUGCUGUAAAAGCAGUUCCACUCCAGCAUUGUCACGUCAUGUAUGUUACAGUCCUCGAGACAGCAGAUUGUGCUGCUGAUGCUGUAUAAAAUAUUUUGGGCAGCUAUUGUCUCCUAUUAAAAACUUUCUGUUACAUUUUUGAGAACAAGAUAUGUUAAUUUUGUUGAAAGCAAAUACCCUCUGGGACUUUAGUUGUGUUUUUCUUGUUGAACUCUCUUUAAAGGUUUAAGAAAGGAGAAAUGUGUGAACCUCUAUUCAUAGCCCCUGUGAACUUCUGUUCACAGCCUCGAGGCACUGGAAGGAAAAGAUAUGCAGUAGGAGAUAUCUGUUUGUUUGCAGAAAGGGAAGGUAUUUAAAAUUCUGAGAAGCACUUACUUUUGUACAGUAUCAUUUCUGCAAAUCCUUUCAGCUGCUAAUGUGCUUAGAAAUGAAUUUUUAAAUGAACUGUCAAUUUUUAAUCUUGCAAUCCUGUGUAGAUGAUAGUCAAAUGAUAGUGUUCUGUAAAUGUAGACCGUUUUCCCAAAACAUAACUAAUCCAAGAAUGAUAGUGUGCACAAAUACAGAGGUACAUCCUUCUGGUGCCUUUAAUCAAAUCAAGAACAUGAAGCUGCAGAUGAGAAUACUUGUUAGAUUAGCAAGUGUAUCUUCCUGCCAGAACAGAGCUAAAGGCCUUCGAUGGAAUAUUUAACAGCUCGUCAUAAUUUGUGUAUGUGUUGGUCCUUUGUGCUAGCACUGUAUUGAUAGCAUCAAAUUCCAGGUUGUCUUACCUCUACAUGGGAUGAGUUUUGCUGUCUGUAUUCCCAACUUUAACGUUCAAAUGUGUGCAGAGGAGUUUAGUUUUCAGAGUGACUGCCUGAGGCACAAAAUGCUGCUUCCACAGAGCUGUUCUUCUGAUCACAGAGGACUUGCACGGAUUUGGGAUUCAUGGCCUGCUGCAGCUGCCUCAGCAUUUUCAAUUUCUCUUGCUCCCCACGCUGUGACUUCUGUUGUUUCAAGAAGCUCUUAAUUGAUGCCAUUGUGCAUUCACAGAUGAUGGUUUGAGGAACCCCCUUGAGGUUUUAGCUAUUCUGUAAAGACAGUCUUGUCUCAGAGAUGAAAGUGUUAUAAUAGUGUAUCCCACAAUGGGGUGGCUCUGUAAAUUUUUUAUUAUAAAAGAAUUAAUUACUAAUCACCCAACUGAAAAUGAGAGAAGUUAAUGUCAAUUCUCUGCUUUUCAUCCUCUUUCCUGAAAACUGUUCAGUACCCAGCUGUGAUUGACCUGUUCAAGGAUUAGAUGGGUGUAAACUCUGCUCAAACAAAGAAAAAAAAAAUCACAUCAGCUGUGGAUUUGGGAGGUGGAGCUGUAACUUAGCCUGCUGUGUAGAGCUGGUUUUAAAUUCGUUAUCCAGGUCUGGAUUGUUCUGCCUGUCAGAAUUCUUUUUAAGCUCAGUUCCAGAGCAGACCCAACCAAAUUGUCCACUUGUCAUGGAUUCCUCCACUGGUGUGUGUAUUCCUGACACAGCACAGCCACUGUGUCAUGGACACAGGAGUGAGUCCCUCAUGCUGCUCUUGUGCAAAUAUUUAAGAAAUAGCUCAUUUUGUAGUCCUUUGAAAGGUCCUGUGCACAUUCUUCCCUCAUGCAUAACGUCAGGAGUUGUAAGAGGCACUCCAUCAGUAUUUAUGCAAAUGCAUUUUGUUUUACAGUAAGACUUUUCCCCAGACUAGGAUGUUAGUGUGCAGAAUGAAAAUACUGCCCUAAAGUGACUCUUCUGCUGACUUGCACGUGGUGGGCAAGGCUAUGUUCUAACUCUUCUCUUGUUUCUUGCUUUCUGUGUUUUAUCUCCAAGACCUCACCUCCCAGUUUUCCCUGGGGCAGACUGUGUAGCGACUUUAUCACAGUUCCAACUGUUUGAGUAUGAAAGUAGGUUUGAAUGUGUGUGCUAAUUUUGUUAAUCCAGGAGGGAAAACAUUUAUAAAUUUUUGAAGUUAACAAUUGUUAAAUUGUUAUAUUCUUACAGAAAGUGUUUAAAAUCAUUGCAAUAACUUAUUUUAAUAAAUAAUUUUUGAUAUCUCA